AUGACGCAAGUCCACUGGGACAUUGGAGCUUUUAAAUCCCUCACCGAGGGGAAAAAACUCAAUUGUGUGGCCAUGUUCUGCCCUCAGGGUCACGAGACGUGUGCCUUGCUGAUCCUGGAGAAGAUCAGCGAUAAAAACCUCAUCAACUGCACCAACGCCUCACUGCGCACGCCGCUCCACGUCGCCGCCAGGAAAGGUUUAACGGUGGUGGUCCAGGAACUUCUGGGCAAAGGAGCAAGCGUGCAAGCGGUGGAUGAAAACGGUUACACACCCGCUCUGGCCUGCGCCCCCACCCGUGACGUGGCCGACUGCUUGGCGCUCAUCCUGCACUCCAUGAUGCCCGCCUCCCCCAUGGUCACCACAGCAACGUUGCCUGUGUUCUCGCUGCCUCACACGGCGACCAAUCACGUCACAAAGGGUGUGGCUUUUGACGCCCUGCCUGCUCUGAGGCCCGACCGGGCUUCGUACUGCAGGCCGGAGCACCCGCUGUCCUUGCUCUCUGCUGACGAUGAACUGAAUGACUCGGAUUCAGAGACCUACUGAAGACUGCCCCCUAGUGUUGAAGGCAGUGUGAGACUCUUGAACUGGGAGCAAACACCAACAUAGAGGCAGAAUGACAUCACACUAAUAAACUCAGUGUUUUAAUAUUCCAAACUAGUGUCAUAUAAACUCCUUAAAUAUAUUAAUAUACUUAGAGAGAAAAAGUAUUAUUGUAAAUGGGACCAGAUGUUUCUUCACUGUCCUUUCUAUUUAUGUUGACCACUUUGCAGUUAAAGUUGUAUUUCCACAUCAUUGGAGAGAUGGUAUCAUCUUUUUUUAGUGAAGGAUUUGUUGGUGCACCUGCAGCAGCCACACCUCCAUGUUUCUGUGUGAGAGAAAUAAAGAUUUGAUUUUUGAGAACCAGCACCUUGCCUGCGAUGUUGUAAAGUCGGAGCAAAGAAUAAAGUUAUUUCCU